AUGCCUUCGCCUGGGACCGUUAGCACUCCAACAGCAACGAUGUUAGCACCUGGUGUGAAGCUAGAACAGGCAGGGAUAACAGCUACUCUUGGUGCUACUGCUACGCCUGCAGUGACGUCAUCUUCUAACACGUCUCCUACGGUCACACAGUCAAGGAAUGAAGCACUAGAGAAGAUCAUGUUUGCAAAACGAUUGUUGUCGCAUGCAGCUACAUGCUCGCUUUCUCAUGGCAUUUGUCAAGUAAAGAAGUGCGAUGAUGUCCGCCGUGUAUUCAAGCACAGCUUGUCUUGUGGAGGAGCGAAUGGAUGCUCGCACUGUGAACAGCUGAAAGGUCUGGUAAAGUAUCACGCGAAGGAAUGCGCCGUUGGGAUUGCAGACCAUUGCUCUAUCCCGUUUUGUGAUGGGUUGCGGCGAUCUUGUGCUCAGAGCCAAGCAACCUUGGCGGCUGAGGCUAAGGUUGCGCAAACGGCUGGGGUUAGACGUGGCGUGGGGAGUGAUGAUGACGAUGACAACACACCUUUGUCCUCUGCUGUGAACAAAGCGAAGAAGUUUGCAAAGGCGAAGUCUCCCAAAAACAUGCCUGUUCGAGGUGUUACUGAUCAGCCUCUGAAGCGAAAAGGUUUGAAUGCGUCACUUGCUCGAGCGAACAGUACCGGGUCACCUGGGCCCUCUUCAGGGCUAAUGUCUUCAAACGCCACGAGUGCAAUUGCUGCCACAACAUCAUUUUCUUCCCCAGCCAUUGUUAAGGCACAACAAAAGAAUGUUACUGCUAAUAUGACGCAGGAGUAUGGGCGUUUGCUGCAACUGAUUCUUCAUGUGGAGAAAUGUACGACCAGUACAUGCUCCGUUGGUGAAGAGUGUGCAGAAUCGAAGGCGAUCAUGAAGCAGAUGAAUUCUCCGAACCCACCAGCCCGAGCUAAAACGUACAAGCAAGUUUACGGGCACUACAAGACGUGUGUAGCGAAAAACAACACAGCCAAUUGCCCAAUGUGCAAAAUUGGACUGUUGCCCGUUUUACCUGUGCCCAAUAGCUCAACAUUUUUGCCCCAUCCGCAAAUAGGAAAAACGUCUAUUGCGCCUUCUGUUAACACGAUUUCAGCUGGCAUGGCUGUGGCUUCCUCUCCAUCUGGGGUCUUGAACAAGCGUGGAAGUAAUGCUGUGUCACCAACGCCACGCUCACCUUUAAAGAAGCCACGCACUAACUUGACUUGUCGAGGAAAGUCGACGACAACUGAGAUAGCGGCACCAAUUGCUGCUGUAUCAGAUCUGGUCGGCCAAGAACUUGCCCAGACUAGCGUUGCGGACAUUCGCAAAGAAGCUGAUGUUCUCACGCAUACAAAUAUUGAGCUGAGCACAGAACGGCGAAUCAUGAUGGAGGGUGGUGUGGUGCGAGUGCGGAUGGCAGAGCAGUUGCCAUGCCAAAAAGAAGAAUGGGUGGAAAAGGAUUUAUUUAAUUCCGAGAAGCUACGCGCCCAAAUGCGCGAGGCUGGUCGACGAUCAGGUGUUGAACUUGGAGGACAGACUUGUGAAGUGAUGGCGUACGCUCUACAUGAGUAUUUGAAGCAGGUGAUGGAAGAAAUGGUUGAGAUUGCGAAGCAGCGUGGAGACUCGCAAGCAAAGUCGUUCGAGGCAUUGCAAAGGGUAUCGAGGGUUGGAGCUAUUAUGGACGGUCGACCAGGUAAUCGUAUCGAGCUUUCAGCCGCAGACAUUUUACGCGUUAGCUGUGAAGAUUCCUUUUCAAAAUUACGACAGCAAGAUCUCGGGUUACGGCUGCAAUUGCUGGAAGACGGCAGACGUGAAGAACAAAUCGAGAAAGAACGUGCUAAGAAGCGCAAGAAGGUGGACCGUAGCAAACUGAACCAGGACGAACAGGAUGAAGCGGAGAUGGACGUUGAGGAGCUAGCUGUGAAGGACCUGAAAGAGCGUCUUUUGCAACAAGAUAAGGAGGGAGCGGUGAAGGUAGAUGGUCGUGUUAACGAAAGUAUUUCGAUGAAGUACGCUUCACGAGUGGCCGACAACCAAGUGACCCUAGAGGACACCAACUACUGGUUGUUGAAUCAGAAGCCAUAUAUCCGCCCAAAGCUGUUUGUACGCGCCGAGGCCGCGCGCAUUGUAACGAAAUCCCUUCUCUAA